AUGAGGACUGCCCUGGUCUUCGCCUGUCUGGUGGGGAUGGCGUGUGCCUUCUCGGUCAAGAGCUGGCUGCAGCGAGCCAAGUCGGACGACUCGGAAGAAAAUGGGGUGUUCAAGAACAGGCACCGGUAUUACCUGUACAGAUACGCCUAUGUGCAUCCUCCGCAGCGACAGUACCAGGGCAGUGACUCAUCGGAGGAAGAGGGGGACGGCUCGGAGGAGGAAGGGGGGGAGCCAUCCCAUGCUGGCGCUAAGGCAGCUGGCCACCCCGCUGGAGCAGCCCCCGGGGACAGCCAGGACGGGCUGGAAGGAGACGUCGCAUCCCCCCAGCAGGGCAAGGGCUGCCAAGGGCCCCUGAAGGGGGGCAGGAACAGCGCUGCCGGCAAGGGAGGCGACUCCGAAAAUGAAGACAGUGACGAGAAGGAGGAGGAGGAGGAGGAGGAGGAAGAGGUAGUAGUCGAGAAUGAGAAUGGCGUCAACGGCACAAGCACCAACACCACCGAGGGGGCAGAUGGACCUCAUGGCAAUGGCACCGCAGUGGUUGAGGAGGGCACCGGCGCGGCCGAGGAGGAGGAGGAAGAAGAGGAGGAGGAAGAAGAAGAGGAAGAGGAGGAGGAAACUGAAGCCACCACCGUCGCCAGCACCACCGGUGAAGAGGGGCUGUCCCAGGCAACCACCACGGGAGAUGGGGGACCCACGGACGCCACCACAGCCGGGGAGCAGUGGGAGUACGAGGUGACAGCCGGGGGACGCAGCCGGGGGGAUGAGGGCACCACCGAUGGCAGCUAUGGGGAGCAGGAUGAGUACGCCCGCGGGGACAGCUACCAGGCCUAUGAGGAUGAGUAUGGCUACUACAAGGGGCACGGCUACGACGUAUAUGGCCAGGAUUACUACUACAGCCAGUGA